AAAUGUUCAGGAGGAUGGAAUGAUUUGCUAAGUUUCGCGUAAGGAAACCACUUGCAAGGCCAUUUAUUUGUCGUGCGCGCCGAGUGCUGCCUUUCUAUCCCUCUUCUAUAAAGGCCCGGUUUCUACCUUUUUGUCUCCGUCCUCUCGUCUCCCCUUGGAAUCUCCCGCCCACAACCCCCCCGUCCGCUACCCUUGCCCUCGUCGCCGAAAGAAACAAGCACAUAAAAGCCCUCAUUACAGAGCAAUUAACAACCACGGUGGCGGAAUCGCGCGAGGUCACCUGAACUUCCUGCCAGAGCCUCCUCAGUGGCUUCGGCCCUGCAUUUUCCGACCCCGCGCAAUAUAUCAUUCCGGUAAUAUAGAACCGCGCCUCGUUACCCAAGGAGGAGAAGAGCCCAAAAUCCCGCUUCCACGAGAUUUGACUCGGAUCGUUGCAUACGACCAAAUACAAAAAGGGGAGCCAAUCCAACCGGCCGCCUGAAAAUCACACCACCACCACCCACCACAACAACGUCUACUUGUACACCCGCACACAUGUCUUCUCCUUCCACGUCGGAAGAGGCCCUCUCGCCUACCACUACGCGCUCCUCGACCAAGUCCAACAUGAAGAUCGCCAUGCCCCCUCCGCCUUCUGCCUUUGUUCACCCCAGUCCGGCGUACAUCAUCGCGCCGACGCCGUCGCCGUCCCAGAACCCGAGCGACGCCUCCUGGCACCCGCAGGGCCACCACCACCACCACAUCCACAUCGCGACGCCGCACCCGCUGGCCGCGGCGGCGACCUUCCUGGACAAGCACGUGCCGCUGUUCGCGCAGCACCACGCCGAGUUCGCCGCGCAGCACGAGGCGCGGGCGGCCAAGCGCGAGGCCCGCCGCAGCCGGGUCGAGUCGCCCAUCCCGGAGCUGGACGCCGAGCAUGCCAUGGCCGCCAGCGGGGGGGCCGUCGGCGCCGCCAUCCACAGCGCCACGGCCAUGGGCACGGCCGCCGCGCUGGGUGAGGAGUCCCAGCGCGCCCUCGACCCGGCCGCCUGGAACGAGGUGCUGGCCAAGCGCGAGGCCGCCCGCCUGCGGUCCGGCUCCAACAUUGCCCCGGGCGGCGACGAGCGCUUCGCCCACGUCGAGGCCGGGAGCGACUCCGAGUCCAAGAACUCGGGCUCGCCGGCCAUCACGCCCUAGGAGGAGUCGAGUCGAGUCGAGUCGACUACAAGGGGGCGAUGCGGGAAGAAACUCGUUGGAAACUGCUUUUCUUUCCUUUUUCUUUGAGCGUACUUUGCUGCUACGGCGGCGGCAAGCCAUGUUUUCCGAACGUCUGGAGGCAACGUCUGUGUGGAAUGGGAGGCGGUCGCCCUUCCCAAGCCAGCCUGCCCCUGAAUGAUCUAUCCACCUAACGACAGCCGUUUUUUUCUUAUUUACUUACCCCUAAAGGUUCUGACUGUUUCGGGCGAUCGAGCAAUCAAAACCAAUCGUGGUGCCUACCGAUCGAUGGAAAGGCAUCCAGAUACCUUCACUCAUCCGAUCAAUCCGACCGACCGUCCGUCAAUCCAGCUAUUCGACCCGUCACUCGUCGUCUCCCUUAUCGAAAGCGAAUCGAAUCACGCCCCCACGAAACAACCCACGGAGAGACGCGGCGAAAAUGGUUGUUCCAACGGAUUGAAACAGCCAUGACCUUCACGACCAAAGGCUAGAAGCGCGCUAACCACCGCGACAAGGUUUUCUCCAUCUAGUAACGACACGGGGGCGUUUUCGAGCGGCGUUUUCGCGCAGAAACUGGUGGCGAUGUUGAUACGGUGUUGUGGUGCUGUGGCGUUGUGCGGUAUACACGGAGGUACCAGUUCCUGAUCCUUUUUUUUUGGUGAGAGAGAGAGAGUCCACGUCCUCCCAUCCAGGGCGUGGAUGCUCUAUCUAUCAAAUCUGGGGUAUCCCCAAUUGGUGGAUGGGUAUUGAUGAUCCGGAUGAUAGUGAUAGUGAGAGGGAAAGGAAGGGGUGGGCAGGUCCAGUCCAGUCCAGCAUGGACAUCUUCAUCCCUGUCGCCAUCUACAUACAUACGUCUGCAUGCAUCCCCAGUCCCAAGAUUAGGACGAGGCAGAGGCAGAGGCAAGACGAGAUAUGAUGAUGGAAGCGAACGUGGAGGCCGAUAUCUUCCACCCCCUACCACGGGCCCACGAAGACACUAUACAUAUGAUAUCAUACCUACUUACGUACCUAGGUACCUACCUACCUACCUACCUACUACAAUAGCCCUCUGAAAAUGAACAUGAACAAUCGGAUGUGAUGACGAAUAUGAACAUGA